AUGGUCAAGCUAGUCCCAGGGUUCUUGAAAAAAAUCAUUGUACAUAAGGGCACAUCACCGGAUCCUGAAGGCUGCAAAAGAGAUUCGACUAGCGAAGCAACUAUCUCACAUAUUGGACGAUGCUCGAUAGAAAGUGGUGCUUCAGUGAAAUCGUCAAGGACAACAGCUGAGCAAGGGGUGCCUUGCACCCUGGCAACAGAGGAAGGUAUUGCCAAAGGCGAUUUAUUACAACGCGGCAUCACAUCCAAUAUCGCAACCAUAGCGCUUGGGGAGUGGGGAUAUCCGGUGUAUGAGGACUGUCGUGACGAUUCCUUCUUCUCGGGAAAAUAUUUUACCGGCUUUUUGCGCAACUACGUCACUAGCAGUGACCCGCUUGAGGACUUCAUAUCUGCUUCAAGGACCAAACUUAUACCUAAGGUUGAAGAAUCAGAUUUUGCAGAAUAUAUCCGCCAAAUAUCCGUAUUUUAUGCGACGAUGAACGAAGACGCCCCUAGCUGCGAAGGCGCUGAGGGUGCUAACCGCCAAUCAACGCCAUCAGAAGUGCAUGUGCCAAGGGAGUAUUACAGUGAAGGAUACGUGUUAUCUAAGAAUGUGGUAUUCAAAGAGGAAGUUGAACGUAUACCGGAGAUCAUGUCAACAUUGGAGGCACAGCUCGAGGCGGUCAACUGCGAACUGCAGGAAAUGCUAGAAAGGCGAUACGUACACGUUCACGAGGCAUGUACAAGCGUAGAAGAGCUGCACAACCGCUUCCUAGAUGUCACCAAACAAAUAAAUCGCAUACGAAUGGAUCUGGAGGGGGAAACGACCAGGGGUAGUAUUAUGAAAAGCCUAUCAACCACGCCAAUCAAAAAGGAAGAGUUGGAUGCCAUACUUCAGAAAGGUAUAUCGCGCAAGAAAGAGCUGCAGACAAUGCUGGAAUACCUGCAAAUGUUUAGGGCUAUAAUCGCGUUGCCGGAAUAUAUACAGGGUAUCGCAGACUCCAAUGGAAUUGCCGUCGCUAACUUCCUCAGUCAGUCCGUGGUGAACUAUCUAUGCGAUGAAUUGGGCAAGUUCAAACUUGCGCACUCGGUGGCUGGUGUAGUAAGCGAAUCUAUACUCAACCUCAAGCGUGUAGCCGAGACCAAAUUUAUUAAUAUUGCAUUAGUUGCCCUAAUAGAUCUCGGGGAUACGUCGGAUGUGAAGGGUUCCAUUGAUUCGUUAAAAACGAUGCUUGACCAAAUGCAUCAACCUUUAAUCGCACUGUUGGAUGCCUCCAUGCUGAGGGAUGCAAUGGAAACCUUAACUCUGGCAUGUAAGGGUGCCAAAGCGACCAUCGGUUACGAAAAAUAUGAGACCUGGCCCGAGCUUAUGAAAGCUUUCGAGGGACAUAAAUGUACACUCUUGUCAUACUUCUUUUUAUCGCAAGUUUGGGGAUGCAUGGUUUUGCGGCGGAUGCUGUGCGUGGAGAGGAUGCGACAAGACAAAACCCUUUCGAGGAAAUCCAACGAAUCCGUGAAGUUGGCCGAAAAGGUUCUAUCCGUGGUACAGGAUCGUAUGUCGUCGACCACCCCUGUUGGUAACAUGACCACAGUAUCCACUAUUUCUGCAUUAGUCAGCAAAACGGUCGUGUUACCGCCUCUGUGCAUUGAUGAAAUUGACUACUGGUCAGUGUACCAGUCAGGGAUUCGCAUAGAUUCCAAUUCAGACAAAUCAAAGGGGCCUGAUUCUGUUGAUGCUGAUUUAACAGAUGCUUUGGCGAGCUACGUUGCAUCCAUAAAGCACAUCGUCGACACAGCGUCCAAAAAUUCGUUCGAUGACUUUGCUAAUCAUGUGGUAUUAACGUCCAACUUCAAGGCGGAAUUCGAUGCUGGCGACUUCGUAAACUUUGUAGAAAGUUGUAAGGCUUUAAAAACGCAGUAUGAACGACUUCAGGUUGACAUAAAAGCUAUGUACAUGUUUCCCUCAAUGAUAUUACACACUUUAGACAGCGAGUGGCGUUCCGACGAGCAUUCAAAACUGAAUACAAGUCCUGGGAUAACGGCUAUUAAAUCUAUACUACCAAAUCUGGAUUGUGAUAUCACCUAUGAAUUCCGGGCAAUAGUGGAUCGAGUCAUCAAAUCGCUUGGUGUAUCAUGCCUAGAGGUGCUUAAGUCGAAUAAUGUAACGUGCGUGCAAUCUGCGCUGGCAGAAGAAACUUGGGAUGAACCUUAUACUUACAGCUACCCCACUGCUGAGGGUGACAUGCCAUUUGUGUUGAUGAAAUCAUGUGCAAGCCUCGACGAAAGGCUUAAUCUGUAUUUACUUCUUGCGGAGGCGUUGCCGUGCACCGGAGAGUGCGCAUCGCAGGAUUGCACACAACUCAUGGAGGUCUAUCAUUCAAUGAUAGAUGCAGAGGCAUCGAUGCUGCACUUCCAAGAAGCUGACAUCGACAGUUCUACCAUGCGCAAGGCAUGUCUAAUGGCUGAAGCUUUGAGAUAUUUCUCACCCAGGAUAACCGAUGUCGUAAAAAACACGAUUAAUGCCAUGUCAGCUGCAGUUGUAGCACACGCAUAUGAGGCAACUGCGUGCCCAGCAGAUUUGGACGCUAAGUGUAAAGAUCUCCAUGAAGCGGCAGGACAAUGUUCGGACAAUUUGAAAUCAUUGAAACACAGAAUGCUUCAAACUAUUUCAAAUGAAAUAAGUAGUAAGAUGGCGCGUCAAAUGACUAUUUGGGUCUUACAGCCCCCGGAUUCCUGCUAUGAUGACAAAGCACUGCAUGAUAUGAUACAAAUUGUACAAAAUAGCGUUGAUGUAGUGUCAGAAGUGUUGAGGGACGUAGCCGAUGUACAAUUUGUAUUUGCAAAUGCUUUCAAGCAGCUGCACACAGUUAUACCCUGUGAAGAUAUAAAUGAGCAGCUAAAGGAAGACUUCCGCGACAGUUGUGCUGAGUUAAUAACAAAGCUGUCACACAAUACCUGUAUAAAACUCGAGAUAUUCUCAUUGGCAGAUACGCUCUCUAAUGAACUUUUCAGCUAA